GCCGUAGACUUUUUUUGCCUUGUGGAAGUUGCACCAACAAACCACCCUAUUUCUCGUCCAAACGAGGAAACACGACAAAAAUAAUGGAAGAGAAGCAUGCUGGCGCAGGAGAAGGGCGGUGAGGAUUGCGACCUCGAGCCCACCCUGGCCGGUUUCGAGCCCGAGGUGGAGUCCACCUGCGCCCGGGCUCGGUGCGAGGGUCCAUGCGCCCGGCCGCUCAGUGUGUGCGUCUGCGCGCACCUCCCUCCCACCCGCAUCAAAACCCUAGCCCACGUCCUGGUUCUCCAGCACCCGCACGAGACCCGCCACCCUCUCAACACUCUCUCUCUACUCUCCGCUUCUCUCUCUAACCUCAGCCUCGUCCAUGGCCGCGUGCUCAGGCGCGGCCUCUCCCCCCUCCUCGACUCUAACCCUCCCAAAACCCUCUUUUUCUUCCCCUCUCCCUCUGCCAAACCCCUAACUGAGUGGCUCGCCUCUCAGGGAUCCAGUCCGUACAGCGAUGGAGGAGCCUCUGCUUCAACCCUUAGCCCGUUUUCGAACAACAAUGGAGGAUCCUCUGAUUCAUGUCUGUACAACAAUGCGGGAUCCUCUGGUUCGACUCAGAUGUCGCGACCAUACAGCAAUGAAGGGUUUUUUUCUUCGUCCCCGAGCCCUUGUCCAUACAGAAAUGGAGGGGCGUCUGGUUCAGAACAGAGCUAUAAUCCGGACAAUAGUGCAGGUCCCGUUUCGGCUCAAUCUGAUCCACACGGCAAUGGAGAAUCAACCGCUUGGAAUCGGAGCUCGGUUCUCUACAACAAUGGAGAUAGCUGUGGUUCGCCUCUGGUUUUGAUCUUCUUUGAUGGUACAUGGAAGCAUGCGAAGGAGAUGAUGCGAGCGAGCCUGCCAUUUUUGCUGGAGUUUGCAGAGCAGGUGUGCUUUCCCUUCGAGAUAGGGUUGGAAGGGGCGAGUGUUUACAGCGGGGAACUGGUUUUGAGGAAGGAGCCAUUCAAGGGGUGCUUGAGCACAAUGGAGGCCGUGGCGAGGGCUUUGGGGAUGGUAGAGAGAGAGGGGAAAACGAUAGAGGAGAAGCUCUUGGGGAUUUUGAGAGCGGCUGUAGAGUUUCAGGCAAGUAAUUUGAAGGAUUUGAUGCCCAGACCAAAAUUGUGCAGGAAGGGAGGGGUUUGAGACUGGUGGAUGAGGUUUGAGCUCUCUCUCUCUC